AUGCCUGUGGGCGUCUUUCAGGGUCCAAGCGGUCGCAGUUCGUUCACUUCUGCUAGUCUAUACGUGGGCGAUCUUCUCCCCGAGGUUACGGAGGCGAUGUUGUACGAAGUUUUCAAUGGAGUAGGACCUGUGGCUUCCAUACGUGUCUGCCGUGACAGCGUUACGCGUAAGAGUUUGGGUUAUGCUUACGUGAAUUACUACAACGUACAGGACGCAGAAACUGCGCUCGAGUGUUUAAAUUAUAUCGACAUUAAGGGUCACCCUGCUCGUAUCAUGUGGAGCGACAGAGACCCCAGUUUGCGUAAAAGCGGUACAGGUAAUAUCUUCGUGAAGAACCUCGACAAAGCCAUUGACACCAAGGCACUGUAUGACACGUUCAGUCAUUUCGGCACUAUUCUGUCUUGCAAAGUGGCCAUGGACGCUCUCGGCAAUUCCAAGGGUUAUGGAUUCGUGCAUUACACGACUGAGGAGAGCGCAAAGGAAGCCAUAGAAAAGGUGAAUGGCAUGCUUAUAGGCAACAGCCAAGUUAGUGUCGCCCCGUUUGUGCACCGAUACGAACGCGAGGCAACCCAGAGUGAUGCAUUCACAAACUUAUACGUGCGCAAUUUCCCUGAUACAUGGACGGAGGACGAUUUGCGCGAGACCUUCAGCAAGUAUGGUGAAAUCACUAGCAUGCUUUUAAAGACCGAUGACAAGGGCCGGCGUUUUGCCUUUGUCAAUUACUCUGAAACGUCCAUGGCAAAGGCUGCCAUGGAAUCUGAGAAUGGUGUAAAGCUCGAAGGUGCGGAAGAGCCUCUUUUGGUUUGCCAGCACAUGGGCAAGGCGAGGCGUUACGCCAUGCUGAAGGCCCAGUACGAUUCGAGUGCUCAGGACCAUCGUAACAAGUUUUUGGGUGUCAACCUUUACCUUAAAAACCUUGAUGACGCCAUCGAUGACGCUGCUCUUCGUGACCUUUUCAAACAAUACGGAACCGUGACUUCUUCGAAGGUUAUGCGUGACCCUAAUGGCGUAAGUCGUGGGUUUGGUUUUGUUUGCUUCUCUCGCCCCGACGAGGCCACCAAAGCCGUUGCGGGCAUGCAUUUGAAGCUUGUGAAGAACAAGCCUCUAUACGUUGGUCUCGCCGAGAAGCGAGAGCAACGUGCCAGCCGUUUGCAACAACGCAGUAGACAGAACGAGUUGAUGCAGUAUGGAGACCGCCCUAGUUAUAUGCCGCUAUACCCGCCGGACAUGCCUCCACAUGUGUACUACAACCAGGUAGGAUUUCGUCCUACGAUGCCUGCACAACCAAUGACUGUUGCCCCGCGUGGGAUGCGUAUGAUGGCGCCAGUCCCCAUCGUCCACGGCCGAGGAGCGGCUUCUCCCCACGCGCUGCCACAGGGACGUCGUGCUACAGUGAAGCAGGUGCCAUUGAGCGGAUUUAAAUUCACAGCUCAAGCUCGCAACCGCACGGAGAUGCCGAAUGGCGCUCCUUCCUCGCCACCACCAUCACAGCCUGCCAUUGAUGGCGCGGCCAUGCACAAACAAAUGAUUGGUGAGCGUUUGUUCCCCAUUGUUGCUCGUGAAAAUCCUGAUUUGGCUGGAAAAAUCACCGGAAUGAUGCUGGAGAUGGACAACCAGGAGCUCAUGGCCUUGCUGGAUAAUGAGCAGCAGCUGAAGGACAAAAUACAGGAGGCGAUGCGUGUCUUGCAACAGGCGUCUUGA